AGAAUGUUCCAUAAUAAAAAGAGGUAUUGAGAAACUUAAAUAUGAGGAACUUAUGAAUGAAAUGACUUCUGCAGGCAGAGAAAUUGUGAAAGAAAGAGGAAUGGCGAAUCUUACAGUUGAUGAGCUUUAUAAAGAACUGACACCUAAUGGCAGAAGUACUGUAAGAGAAAGAGGUGUUGAGAAUCUUACAGUUGAUGAACUUUUAAAUGAAGUAACACCAAAAGCUAAAGAAUUAAUUCCUGACUCUGUGAAACAAGAGCUUCAACAGCAGUUACAAGGUUACUUUUAACUAAGUGCAUUUGAGACUGCCAUUAUCAACUUAAUCGACUAGUAUAUUAUCAAUUAAUAACUACUGAUCUUCUGUCUUUUUGGAAAUGUUAUUCAGCUGAUUUGUAAUGCAUUUGUAUUUAUUAUUUGGUCUUGGUUUAAUGUGUAUGAAAUUGAGUACUUGUUGCUUAUUAAUUGCAUCAUACAAUUAAAAACAUAAUUUCUAUAAAAAA